GGACUAACUUGUGAAAUUUUGCACAGGUUAAUCAGUGGUUGCGGAUAAUGAUGACCGAUUAGGAUUAACAUUCGAUUUGUUUAAUUAUUAAUUAAUGAAUUGAGGAUACACUACUACCAAAUAGUAUUUUUUUACUAUAAAUACCGAAACAUGUAAUUGGUUGAAAAAGGCAUGUGGUGCUGAUUACAUCAAGUGUGGAGAGAAACAUGGCGGCCUAGGACCCCUGCAUGCGUCUUUGUUGCACUCUCUCUCUUGGUACUUCUUCCAGGAUUUACGUUUAAAGUGUUAUUGUAGAUACACGUUAAUAAGAAAGAACCAACAAUGUCCCGCCGAGGAUGUCGGAAGCUGGGUCUUAUUCGACCAACUGACAGACCGCGCAUGCGCGACUGGUUAAUGGAGAAACUAGACGGGUGCCACCUUCCGGGGAUGGAGUGGGUGGACCGGAAGCAGAAGGUGUUCCGGAUCAAAUGGUGUCAUGGCUCUCGACAUGGCUACUGCUACAACGACUCUCUCGUAUUUGAGGCCUGGGCCAAACACACAGGUCGUUAUGACGAAGAUAACAAAGAGCCCAAGCGUUGGAAAGCCAAUUUCCGGUGCGCCAUCAAGUCCCUCAACGACAUACAGGAGAUGAACAACUCAGUGACCAAGGGCCAGAACGCCUUCCGCGUAUUUCAGAUAUUGGAAGCGUCAAUGCCAAAGAAGAGGGCGGCAACGUCAAGCGUGGUAAGGUCGAGGCCGGCAAAACAGCGCAUCAGCGAAACGGCUGACGUUGACGUCUCGCCUUCAACGAGUCACGCAGAUUCGGGGAUUUGUGACGAUGACGAAGUCAGUGACGCAGAGACUGACUUCAGAAUGUCCACGUCAAAACAGACUGGUUGGACCUUGAUUCAGGACGUGGAGAGUGUUUCCCGGUUGCCCCUCGGAAGACACACCGGAAGUUGCGACCAGGAGCCAACGGCCGGCACCAGCUACGGGAGUGCGAAGUCGAUUCGCGAAUUAACAUUUACUUUACCGCUAUUUGAGAAAAUCUGUCCUGAUCUCACAAAAAUAGAGUUUGGAAAAGAGCACAUCAUUCAGCGCCACCACAGUGGCUUUACGGUAGAACUUGUGACCAACGCAACGUCUGUAACAUCAUCGGCUGUACUUCCGACUGUUACGUUACCGGGGGUUACGUUGUUUCAAGAUCUUCAAAGCAAAGUCACCUAUCAGGCACAAGGCCAUACAGGGCAUUUUCCUCCAAUUCCUGCCGAAUGUGGUCAAUACAGUGAGGACUUUCCUGACGUUGCCGAAGAAGUGGUUUUAGAAACUACACCGGAUGACGUCAUCCAAUUCAUUCCACAGCCCGAUGAUGUCACACAAACUGUUUUCAUAGAGACCAGCACUGGCACAGAAAAUAUUGUGCAGUACACUGUCUUGAACAACUUCUCACCUUGAUAUAUAAAUCAUAUUUGUUUCAUUUAUUUCAUGAGGGUACCCCUACCCCGAUUUCUUUGAGUUUUAUGUUAUCUUUCUUGUUAUUUGUUUUUAAUGAUUUAUAAGUGUCAUAAAAUAAACAUGUUAAUUUAG